ACCUCCUAACUGCCCGCCCACUCGCUCUCUCCGUUUGCAGCGUAUGGCUUUUUCUCCGUCACCAUGCACGACUUUCUCUUCCUCUGGCAGGCUAGUCUUCCUCCAUCGACUACUACCUGCCCUGUCGUGCUUCUCAAUUUGCCGUAGAUGGCCGUGCUGCUGGUUCUCUGGGCCCUGUGGCCCAUACUGGCAUCGGCCUUCUCAUGGCAUGGCCUCUGGUAUGACCUGGGCUUUCUGGGACCUCAUCCCACGCUGAAAUAUGAGUCCUUUGACCAGGAGUCUCCCGAGGUCAAUGUCCUGCGCUGGGACCCGCGAUGUGAAGAGGGCUACGUCUUUCUCAGCCCUCGCGGUCAUUCAUACCCAGACCCGGGGCCGUUGGUCUACGACAACCAGGGCAAUCUGGUGUGGAUCGAACGGGAAUUCGGCCAGAUCAUGGACCUCAAGGUCCAACACUACAUGGGGGAGGAUUAUCUGACAUUCUGGGCGGGAGAUGACGAUGGCACGCGCGGACUCGGCCAAUACUACAUGCUAAAUUCCUCCUACGACGUCGUUUACAUCGUAUCCCCCGCCAAUGGCCUCACCGGCGACGUGCACGAAUUCAAAAUCACCGACCAGGGCACCGCGCUCAUGACCAUCUAUGACAUCUGCGAGGCGGACCUUAGCUCCGUGGACGGACCCGAAGACGGCUGGAUCUACGACGGACUCUUCCAAGAGAUAGACAUUGCGACGGGCGAGCUGCUAUUCGAAUGGCGAGCGAGCGAUUACUACGACAUCGACGAAUCCUACUACCCCCUCGGCGAAAAGGGCUCCGCCCCAACAGCCCAUGACGCCUACGACUUCUUCCACAUCAACAGCAUCGACAAACACCCCAAUGGAAAUUACCUUGUGUCGUCCCGCUACAUGCACACCGUCACCUGCAUCAGCCCCUGGGGCGAGAUCCUCUGGGUGCUGGGCGGGAAACGCAACACCUUCAAGGACAUAUCCCCGGACAAGUCCGCCACCGGCAUCACUUGGCAGCAUGACGCACGCUGGCAGUCCGACACGAUCAUCACGCUGCUUGACAACGGAGCGCACGAGCAUUUAAGUACUAGAGACCACACACGGGGGUUCAUGAUCGAAUUAAACUUCGACGACUGGACAGCCAAUACACUGCAUGUCUACGACAGUCCCGGCUCCUUUAGCAGCCACUCCCAGGGCAGCCUGCAGGUGCUUCCCCGGACGGGCCAUGUCUUCAUCGGCUGGGGCAAGCCGUCGGCGUACACCGAGUUCACUGUGGACGGCGAAGUGCUGUGCGACUUUCACUGGGGGCCGCGCGUCUUCUUCUGGCUUGGAUGGAUCAAGUCGUACCGCGCGCAAAAGUUCCACUGGGUGGGCAGGCCGCGAGUGCCACCGGAUGUGGCGGUCGACGAGGCGGGUGACACGGCAUAUGUGAGCUGGAACGGGGCGACGGAUAUUGCAGGAUGGGUGCUGCAGCGGGCGAGUAACUCCAGCGCGGGAGAGGAUGAGUUUGAGAGUGUUGCGUAUACGCCGAAAGAGGGAUUCGAGACGCAGGUGGAUUUGAUAGGGGAGGGAUAUUUCCGCUUGAUGGCGGUGGAUCUGGAGGGGAAUGAGAUGGGAGUGACGAGGGUGUUUGAGGGAUGCCAGAUAACUGAUAUCGACGACGACGGCUCAAGCUCAUUCUUUGUAUUCUCCGAACGAGCAUUCCAAUGGAUGCUCGUAGGGACAUUUACAGCAGGAGCAGUGGUAGUAGGAGCAUGGAGGGCGAGGAAACGCAUACAGUCGAUUUUUGUGAGAUAUUUUCGUUAUUGAUUGAAUACUAGAUACCCAUAUAGCAAUACACAUAUUCUUUCUAUC